AUGAUUAGAUAUCGUCUUCACUUUCAACGUGAAUCUCGUGAUGAAAUUGAUCGACGAAAAAAACUUGCUCAAUUACCUAUUGAAAAAUUACCUGAAGAAUCAUUAGAAAUUCCUAUUGAGCAAAUCUAUCGACCAGGAAGUGCUCUUGAUAUGCCUAUACGACCAGCAUGGACAUAUAAUAUGACUAAAGAACAAUUAGAACAACAAGAACAAACUUAUUUUAAUAAUUAUUUGGAAAAAAUUUUUGAAAAUUUUCAAGCAAAUGAUUUAAGUUAUUUUGAAAUGAAUCUUGAAACAUGGCGACAAUUAUGGCGAACAGUAGAAAUUUGUGAUAUUAUUCUUAUGAUUGUUGAUAUACGUUUUGCUGUAAGUUAUUUUAUUCGAUAG